AGAGGGUGUGGGCGGGGAGAGGUGCUGACUAGCAGGCAGUUCGCCCAAUGAAGGGCGGAAGCCGCUGGAGGGGGCCAGGCGAGUUGGCUAGAGGUGGGCGACUGUGGCAGCCGGGUGUGUGCCAUGGCGGAGCCAGUGAGGAAACAGGGCCGGCGGUCCAGAGGCGGCGGUGUCGGCCGAGGGGCUCGGGGAUCCCGGGGCGGCCGUGGCCGGCGUCCUGGCGCUCAACGGUCGCCAGCCCGGCGCACCCUGGACUCGGUGCUUGUGGACUUGGUCAGCGACAGCGAUGAGGAUGUCUUGGAGGUCGCAACGGCGCGCGGCGCUGCGGACCCGGCCGAGGUCCCGCUCCCGGAACCCCCCGUGCCGGCCGCGCCCCGGGACGACAGCGACAGUGACAGCGAAGGGGCGGACGCACGGCCGGCUGAAACCCCUCGGGUCUUGGUCAGGCGGCGGCGGCGGUUGCUGCUGGAUCCCGGGGAGGCACCGGCGGUUCCAGUGUACUCUGAGAAGGUGAAAAGCAGCCUCCACCUCAUCCCAGACCACAUGUCCCUCCUGAAAUCCUGCCCCCCAGAGACUGAGGAAGAGGCGGACAUGGCAGAUUCCAGCAGUCCCCACGCUGAGGAUUCCCCAUGUCCCGAUUCUCCCUGGAAGAAGAAGCUGAGGAGUAAGGAUGGAGAAGAGAAGAAAGAGAUGUUACUGGUUCAGGACACCUCACCUUUGCCUCCACCUCUGCCACGGACCAACAGCAGGAAGCAUACUCGGGCACUCCAGAAGUUAAGGGAGGUGAACAAGCGCCUCCAAGAUCUCCGUUCCUGCCUGAGUCCCAAGCAGCCCCAGGGCCAGGACCACCUGAGCCAAGAGGAUGAGGUGGUCCUACUGGAGGGGCCCACUCUCCCAGAGAAACCUCGGCUCUUGCCGCUCAAAAUCCGGUGCCGGGCUGACCUGGUCAGAUUGCCCAUCAGAAUGUCGGAGCCCCUCCAGAGCGUGGUGGACCACAUGGCCGCCCAUCUUGGGGUGUCCCCAAGCAGGAUCCUCUUGCUCUUCGGAGAGACAGAGCUGUCCCCCACCGCCACCCCCAGGACCCUAAAGCUUGGAGUGGCUGACAUCAUUGACUGUGUGGUGCUAGCAAGUUCUCCGGAUGUCGCAGAGAAGUCCCACCUCCUCCAGCUGCGGGUGCAGGGGAAGGAGAAGCACCAGAUGCUGGAAGUCUCGCUGCCUCGAGAUUCUCCUCUCAAGACCCUCAUGUCCCGCUACGAGGAGGCCAUGGGACUCUUGGGCCACAAGCUCUCCUUCUUCUUUGAUGGAACAAAGCUUUCAGGCAAGGAGCUGCCGGCUGAUCUGGGCAUGGAAUCCGGGGACCUCAUUGAGGUCUGGGGCUGAAACCCCACUCCCUGUUUAGAGGCCCAGCUUGGACCUGGGGAGAGCGGCUGCCCCCUUUUGGCCCCAUAACGGCUAGCUGAAACUGAGGUAGAACUUAUCCUCAAGCUGAAGCAAAAUCAAGGAGUGAUCUUGGACCACCCCCGCCCCGCCCCGUCGACCCUGGUUUCAAGCCGCUUGCUACCUGAUUAGGUGUGUGGUGGUCCUUGCUGCCCCGGGUGGACUGUGGCUCCAUCCACAGGGUGUGCUGAGUUUGGCAGUCCCCUGGGACAUGGAGACGGUAUCCCUUACCCUCACCCUUUCCCCUCCACCAUCACCCUUUCCUUUAUCGAAAUGUCUCUUUUAUGAAACUGCUCCUAUUGAAAGAGUGAGUUGAAAUCAACAUGAAAUCCCUGGUAUGGGAUUCCAGGCCUGGGAUUUAUGCCACGUCCAGGACCAGCAGUGACCUCAGUGUCAUUGGGGGGUGGGGGUGAAGUUUGCUUGAGGCACAUACAGGGGUGUGGCUCCUCAGCCUGCAGGAAACUAGAUGAUCAAGCUCACACAUGCAUUAGCUUCAGCGGAGGCAGACGAUGGGUUAUUCUUUUGAAGAAUAUAGUAGAUUCUCAGGCUUGGGUGUCUUCCUCACCCCAGGACCCUUUCAAGCCACCUUCCUGAUGCACACACUUUAUUUAAGGCAUAAUUGAGCACCUUGAGCCUUUUGGUUUUGGGUCUCACGAUUGCAGUCCACGCAAGGCUUCUCUGGUUUUAUGGCUUUUCCCCUUCCCUCCAUCCUCUCCUGUAAGCGUCCAUUUUAAUGUGUUGAUUACAUGUCUUUGAAUAUGAAUGUAUCCUUGAAAAAUGCCAUGUUGUAUGUGUGAAUAUACUUUUUCCACAUGU